UGAAACUGAAAGGUCAAUUAAUGGUUAACUAUAUGACAUCAAAUUAUCAGCUUUAUCAGAUAUAUUAUAACACCUCAAUAAACUAAGCCCUGACCAUUACUCAACUUUACAUUCAACAUUAUGAACUCAUAAUUGUAACAAUUUGCAUCUGAAUUUAAAACUUGAGGAUAAUGAUUAUUAAUGAUUGAUUUGAGUCAAACAUCCCCACAAAAGUUACACAACAAACCAAAGCAAGCCAUUGAUAAUUUUCAAAAAUUUAAACUUGAGUAAACCUGAGAGAAAGUGACACUCAAAGAAAUUGAGAUGAAUAUAACAGAUGACCAAAAAGAGACCUACCGGGCUGAUGGGGCCAUAUGUCUAAGAGGAGUUUUUAACAAGCACUGGAUAGAUGUUGCCACUGAGGGUAUUGAGAGACUGUUAGCAAACCCGAGUGACCACGCUGAGGCUAUUAAGGGUAAGACUGGACCAGGUAGUUAUUUCAAUGACUUUGGAAAUUGGCAGCGUAUUCCAGAGUUUGAGGAUUUUGUGAGGAAUUCGCCAGCAGGAAAACUUGUAGGGCAGUUGGUUGGUACUAAACGAGUGACCUUUUAUCAUGAACAUGUGUUGAUCAAGGAGCCAGGAACACUGAAAGAGACCCCUUGGCAUCAUGAUCAAUCAUAUUACCCAAUAAAUGGUGAUCUUGUUGCCUCUAUAUGGAUGCCUUUGGACCCUGUGCCUCUUGAGACAAGCAUACAGUUUGUGAAGGGUUCUCACAAAUGGGGGAAGUGGUUCUAUCCAAGAAAGUUUGAAAGCUUUGAGAGUUAUACAGCUAAUAAGGAGAUUUCUGGCCAGGUUUUUGAAAAGGUCCCUGAUAUUGACAGUGAGAUCAACAAACAUGAAAUUCUUAGUUGGGCAGUUGAGCCCGGUGACUGUGUUGUCUUCCACAUGAAGGCCUUACAUACUGCCCCUGGCAACAUCAAUAUGGAGAGAAGUAGAAGAGUCCUGUCAACUCGUUGGCUGGGUGAUGAUGCGUGUAUAGCUGAAAGACCCUGGGACUUGCCAUUACCUAUAAUAGGGGGCCUUUCACCAGGGGACCCCGUAGUAUCAGAUAUGUUCCCAACCGUUUGGAGCCAAGCUUAAUUUCUGGUGCAGGUAGUUGGAUUGGACUUUUGAUGAAGAAAUAAUGAUUGUACUGCAAGUGAUACUACAUGCAUAUGAGUGGACUAUGACUAUGCAUGAAAGCAACUACUUUUCUGCAUUGUACUUGAACAUUAUUACAUGAGAGGAUUUCAGUUGCUUUAUGAACAAAGACUUCGGAUAACUGCAAAUUACUAUUCUAGAGUGACACACUUAAAUCAUUUUCUUAAAUAUGU